AUGCUACCGAUGGCAUCCAACCCAACUGCCGAUUUAACAACAAGCCCAGAGGCUACUGCUUCACUGAAUGCAUGCUUGGACAUACUAGCGCACGUCAGAAAAGCUCAGGCAGACAGUGUAUCAAUUAUUUCGGUUCUGCGCAACUGCGUAGUGGAGGGAGUUGGGUGCGGACCUGGUACCGCAUGUAGUGGCGUGCAGCCUCUGAAAUCUCCAACUUCAGUUGAGACGAUCAACCGUACUUUGGUUCGCUUACGUGUAACGGAGGUUAAGCUUUCGGCCCUUCAACCGGAGCUAUGGGAGUCAGCAAAAACUGCUGUGGUUCAGGUUCGCGCUCUUUUGCAGAGUAAUUCGACAGUGCCCGCAGGUGCUGUUCGUUUCGGUGACAUCAACAUGAAACAACAUGUUGACAAAUUUGAUCGCAUAUCGAAAACACUAGAGCAAUGCGGCAGCCUUGCUCAACUUCAAAGGGAGGCUGUUCAAUCCCUCUAUGCGCAGUUGCGUAAGCUGGCCGCACAGUCACCCGCCGGUGUGCCGCGCUGCGGCUACCCACCCUUUAAUAUUUUAGACGCCGUUCAAACGGGGAAAGCGAUUCCAUGUGUAGAAGUGCGGCAAACUGAUGCGGGUGAGGAAGUUGUGAGGUUUGUGCAACAGUUAGAGGACCUGAUGUUAAACAAGCAGCAGGUUUUUGAUUACUUAGAAGCAGCACUGAGGGAUGCCUACGGGCAUUUUCCCACUUCCGUUCCCACUCUUGAUGGCCACUGCAGUCGUCAGUACGGGGAUGGACUUAAUAUCUUUCCUUCGGAUCAGUUUGUUUCCGUGUCGAGCGAUAGUGCGGAUGGGAAUGACGCUGCCUCAUGUACACAACCCGAGUUAGGAUCCUGUGGUGGGACUCAGUGCGGCUCCAGUGAACAUAGUGCCGCAGCAGGCUCUGGGGGAGGUGAUGGGUGCUUCAAUAUCUACAGUGUUGUAUCCACUGGGAGGCGUGAUCAACAUGCAUCAAAUGAUCUUGACAGCUGCGCCACAGGAGAAAGUAUGGGACAGCGUACUUCCACGGAUAUGAAUAGAAACCGGUUGUGCUCACGGCGGCAAGAAUAUCCGAGUGGACAGGAUGUAGACCAUGUGAUGGAAAAUGCCUAUCUCCGCUGCUUGUUGGAAGCAAAGGACCGUCUUAUCACUGAUCUUCAGGAAAGUAUAUUCGGCGCAGUCGACCCCUAUAUUUAUAAGCGAUCUGCUGGCACCAUCACUGCCCCCCCUCCCCUUUCACCUCCUCAUCAGUUCGGACCAGCAGCGCCCCCGGAUGAAACACUGGUAGGUCGAAGUGGUGGCGACAGCUCAGGGGAUGUUAAUAUCCGUGCUUGUGGUUUACCCCAUACUAUUGAUGGCCAAGUUCUUCGCGAUAAACUAGAGGAGGUAGUGGAAAUUGGCUUCAACUUGCGCGCCGGUCUUAUAGCACUAAGGGAGGAGGGACAGCGGUGGAGACAUAUUGCGCAAGGGUUUCAGGAAGAAAAUGAACUGUGGCGGGAAGGGGGGACGAUGGUCCGGAAGUUUCGCGGGACACAGGAACGACGCAGCGGCCUCUCAGGUCCUUCUAUCGCUCACGAAGGUGGCCGGCGCGUCCUUACGAGUCGUGUGGAGGGAAAGGCAGAAGCAGGACUGGGGUCUCUUCCCCCUAAGUGCCCGAAGCGUUCAACCCUCAAUGGAGUUGGCAGGAAUUCUAUUGGUGAUGGCGCGAAUGUCGUGAACCGCAUGCCUCGAAGUGAGAUCGUUACUUCUACAUCAGCGGUUUCCGCCGUUGCAGACGGAUCGCUGCCGGCAAGUGAACAGGCUGGUAACCCUCCAUCCGCGUCUGUGACGGUGGGGAGCAAACCGUCUUGCGUGCGUGACAGUGGUGAGGGUGGGGGAGCACCACGGUCUGCAAAGGCUAUGGUUGCUGUGGACAGUGUUGAUGUGCGUAAGAAGAUGCCGGCAUCCGAGCGCGGCCCAACAAGCGGUCCCCUGCUGACACGACCACUGAAAGUUUCUGGAAAUACAGCUGGAACUGGGCCCUGUCACUCUUCUCUCUCAUCAUUCGAGCGGACGAAUUCGGGGCGGGCCCCGCAGUUUCAACUACCCUCCUUAGAGGACACGCCAGGGGGCAGCCUGAGCACGGGUGGGGUUGCUGGUACGGGGGACGCCGCAGCAUACAUUGAAAAAAUACUUAUAAGUGCCCAGAGUUGUUUGGUGAGUGUAGGCUGCUCGAAUGGGGAUGACAUGAGCUCCCCGUACUCUGGAACUGAUUCAUUUGGUAUUCCUCAAUUUCAUUGCAACUCGCCACAGGCCAGGCCCUCAACGCCGCCGUCCGAGACUACUUCCCCUGCUGGUUUGUACUGCGAUUCUCCGCUGGAGGAGCCACUAUUUAAAGAACCACGUCUUUCGGAAGGGGGUGAUGGCAUCGGAGUGAAGCCCGUUACAACUCUUAGUAAUGGAGCUACCGCAUGUGGCGUAACUGCCACCGUUGAUACCGUUUGUAACUCAGACGAUAAUACGCUGGCGUCAUCGUCGUUUUCGCCACCAAGCUUGCUCUUGGAGUUUCCAUCCGAGUCGGCUUUACCACCAAUGGAGGAUGUUGAUUGUUCUUCGGGUACUGAAGGUGUGUUACCUCAGUCGACUGUUCACCAGUCAAUGUUGCGAGAGCUGCGUUCCCAGUUGUUGCUUUUGCAGUCAAAGCACGCCGGUGUCCUUAGGCAGAGGAAAAUUUUGCGCCAGAAUAGAGAACAGGUGGCGGCGUUGUUGCAGCGUCCGGAUAUUUCUAAUGUGAAAACCACCACAGACAGUUCUAGCCUCAUUUCAGGUGAUAUGAGGUAUCAGGUCGAGAAAUUACUGACCCGACUGGAUGCUGCACAGGAGAGCGUCUGCAAGCGUGAGGUGGAACUUGAGAAGCGAGUAGAGGCAGUAAGACAGUAUAUAUCAUCGUUAAGGGAACGGAGCGUAUCUUUCGUACAGGAGUUGCGUGCGAGCAGGUAA